GUGAUCACAUGAGCUAUAUCUACCUCGUGUGUUUAUCUCAUUAAAAAAUCUGUUUUCAAAGUUUAUUGAGAUAGCUUUACUUUUUCUAGGCUGCUCUGGUUAAGAAACAUCUCUUCUAAGCGUGUGGCUGUAGUUCAAGUCUUGCUUGAUCAAGCACUCUUUUUUUUUGCAAAGCUUAGAGCCUAGAUCCUACACAGCAAAAGCUAGCUAUGGCUGAAGGUGAACCAGUCAUCAAUGUUGAAGCUCAAGAUACUGAAAAUGUGGAUGUGGAAGAAAAAAAUCCAAAAGUUGAACAGACAGAAGAAACAGUAAUAAGUGAAUCUAAUCCAGAAGCUGAGCAGAGUAAAUCGGGUGAUUUGAAACCAGACACAGAAAUGAGUGACUCUAAACCAGAAGAAAUUAAAACAGAAACAGAAGCUGAAAGCAAAUCAACUUCUUCAAGCCCCACAAGUUACCGCAUUCCAAAGCUCUCUGAAAAAACCGACGACACUAAAGAAGAUACUGCUGAAGUUGCCGAAGAGGAAGAAGGAAUAAAACUGACAGUUGACGAAGAACACAGCGAUACUGAGCUUCUUGUAGACGAAACUAUGGAAGUUCAAUCAGAAAUUAACAACGAGAGUGACAAAGACAAAGACGCUGAAGACGUCAACGAAAACGGAAAAAAUGAAGAGAAAGAGAAAGGUAAAAGAAGUUCACGUUCAAGAAAAAGGACACGUUCCCGUUCAACUUCCCGUUCCCGAUCCCGUGAGAAACGCAGACUGGAACGGUUUCGAGACAUUAAAGACACCAGUAGUGACAACCCAGAGAUGGUACGCUCAAGAGUAUUUGUCGGACAUUUGGACACGGAUAACAUUACGAAAGAUGAUGUACAACGUCUGUUUUCUCCGUAUGGUCGAGUGAUUGGUGUGGCUCUGCACAAAGGCUACGGGUUCGUGCAAUAUGACAAUGCUGACAGUGCUACGGCUGCUAUCAAAGAGGCACAUGGGACACCUGUGGGAAGCAUGAAGAUCGUGGUAGACAAGACUGUCAAGCUAAAGAAACUACUCGGAGAAGACCCCCACUCUGAGGCUCCGCUGCCCAAAGACGCUCCUCGUAGACGAGACAGACAUGAUGAUCACGACUCAGACUACCACCGACGUCGAGACAUGCAUCACCGCUACUCUCGCCUGGAGGAACUGGAGCGUAGAAUGAUGUACGACCGGUACGAACGUCUCCCCCCUCCCCGACGAGAUUCGUAUUAUGAUAGUUUCUAUGACCGACCUCCACUACCACCUCCACCAUCAUCGUUCUUAUUCAACCGGCCACGCUUAGGUGAUUAUGAACGUGAGCGCGGAGAUCGAUACGCGGAACGAGACCGAUUUCCAGAACGAGACCGAUUCCCUCCACCUGACCCGUACUACGCUGAGAGACGAAGAGAGGAUUACUAUGGCGACUACAGGGGGGGCGGUGGUUCCGACCCCUACCGCUAUUAAGCUAUAGAGAUUGCAAGUUCACAAGCUUUGUUUUAGACUUAGUUACUUAAGCUCAGACUAUAACUAAAGCUGUGACUGCUGGAACCUUUCUCAUGCGUAUUGUGUUUUGCUUCGAAGCUUUUGCUGCAUGUGUUUAUAUAGUGUAGAAGGCAUUAUGAUUAUAUUUGCUUUUUCAAUG